GGAGAGCUGAUGAAUUCUCUGGUCUCGAUGUUACCUUCUUGUCAGUUUUUGCAACGAUCUUCGAAAUUCCUUUUAGCACAGGAUUUUCCAACCUUUCGUCGACUUUUCCUUUGUAGUUUGUGUACGUGUGUGUGUACUGGAGACCAUUUGAGGAGAGCGAAGAAAUUCAUGAGUGUGCAUGAACUUGCGGAUGGAUUGAAUUAGAUGGACCUGGAGAGGUCAUUGAACCUUGAAGAUAUGCAGAGGUCUUGGAUAAAACGAGGUCGGAGGCAGGGGUGUAUGAGAUCCAAGCUGCUGAGCCUGGCUAAUUUGUAUACGCACACCUUGUCUCCUGCUCUCAGUCCAUCGAUUAGACGUAGAGCCGCCGGUUCCUUGCCUUUCCAAAAAUUGCAGAGCUCCGAUAGAAUAUCUUACCGGAUGCGAAGGAUGGCCUUUGUAAUGAACUCCCAUCCUUUGCGGCCCUCUUUCGGUUUGGAGUUCGUACAGCGCGGCGGGGAUUUUGAUGGACGUGAAUUUAGGAUUCGGGGAAGUUUGUCGACUAAAUCUUGUAAAGAAUUUGAGAGGAAAUUGGUCGCUCAAUGUGUGGAUCGUGUGAGUUCCGAAGGUGAAAGUUCUGGAAGAGCCUCAGGACUGAAAUAUUUGGACCAGAAUUGUGUACUCAAUGGGGCCUUCGAGGCUAGUACAACAGAUGGAUUGCUAUCUUUCUUAGAAGAAACAAAUUCUGUUAAUUUGGAGUUAAUCACUAGGGGAACAGGAGAUAGUAUAGGCCUUAGAGAUUUUGAUCCUGAUUCGUCUAAUCAAACAUUAUCUUCGUCUACUUCUGCAUCCUCAGAAAUGGUCACGUCAAGUACUCAUGGAGGUUUCAAUGCGAGCCAAGAAUCGAUGCCAUCGAUGAAUCUAGGAGCCGCAGAAACAAUCUUUGAGCAAUGUUGUGGUCGCAGCCAAGUCAAGAGUGCAGGUGUGUGGGGUGCAAUGCAGAGCGUCUCUGUUGAUGAAGCGGUUGCUGUGACUUGUAAUCAAUCUUUGGUGUCCGCAAUCGGUCACCAGUCAACACUUAGGGCAAGUAGCAGGCAUAAGCUACUUGCUGCGUCAAAAGGUGCGGUGGAAACCGCGGACUCGGAGAGUGAACACCCACUAGUUGACGGUGAUAUUUUGGAUAGGGUUGAGACGCUAAGGCGUGUGAUUGCGGAUUAUUCAUAUCAGUAUCACACGUUAGGUAAUCCAUUAAUAAGCGAUUCAGCUUAUGAUGCAUUGGUGCGGGAGCUGAAAGAUCUGGAAUCUAAAUUGCCUGCAGAAGCUUCUGAAGAGUCAGUGACAGCCAAAGUUGGAGCUCCUCCACCCCUGGAGAUUGCCAAAGUACGACAUGCAGUGCCUAUGCUCAGUCUUGCUGCUGUUUACAAAGAAGACGAACUGAAAGCAUGGCAUGAGCGAUUGCAGCAACGGCUAAAUCGAAUGUCAAAUGGAGAACAGCCUUCUACGGGAGCUUGGGUAGUAGAGCCAAAGGUGGAUGGCAUUGCACUAACUUUGCUCUAUGAGAGAGGCAAAUUGGUCUGCGCUGCGACUCGCGGGGAUGGUGCUGAAGGAGAGGAUGUGACUCAUAAUGCAAGAAACCUUAAAGGGGUACCUGAAGUUCUUUCUGACCACCAUAAGGAAAUUAACCUGCAAGAAUCAGUGCUUGAGGUCCGGGGAGAAGUUUACAUGACGCUGCUUGACUUUCAAGAGUUGAAUGACAUGAAGGUAAAGGGAGGAGAGAAGCCCUUUGCAAAUCCUCGAAACGCAACAGCCGGUUCAAUGCGAAUACUUAAGAACCGAGAUGGUGAUGAUCGUCGACUUAGUUUCAUGGCAUAUGCAAUUCUUUCGCCCGAAGAUAAUGUUUCUGCGGGAGUUGAGACUCCGCCGCGGUUGGUAAGAGCACAGUGGGAUGCUCUCAAUUUACUCAAGCAGUUGGAUUUCUCUGUCAAUGAUGAUAACCGUAAAUUUGCAUCAUUUGAUGAUGCUCUACACUAUGCAACAAGAUGGCGGGAUUCAAGGUCAACUCUCAAGUACGAAUCAGAUGGUGUAGUGUUCAAGAUUAAUGACUUAGCAACUCAGGCGAAACUUGGUGUAGUUGGGUCAGAUCCGCGUUGGGCUGUCGCCUGGAAGUUUGCUGCAACAGAGGUUGUGACCAUACUGGAGGGCAUCGAGCUUUCUAUUGGACGGUCUGGCGCUAUUAUUCCAAAUGCAAGAUUAAAGCCUGUGGGGUUAGGGGGAGUUACCAUCUCUCGCGCUUCUCUUCAUAACUUUGGGAUGGUGGAAAAAUUGGGAAUCUGUGAAGGAGACCAUGUUGUUGUUCAACGAGCAGGAGAUGUCAUACCUCAGGUUGUACAGGUCUUGAGGGAAUUGAGAUCAGAUCAUAUGCAUUCAUGGGUUCCGCCAGAUCGUUGUCCAUUCUGCAAUGGGGAGCUAACUGUGUCGAAGGAUAAUAACAUCACAAGUUGUUGUAAUAAUAAAUGCCCUGGUCGACAUUCUCGUAAGAUUAAACAUUUUGCGAAGACUCUUUUCAAAGGUUUAGGACCCUCUAUACUCAGUGACCUUGAAGAAGCAGGGAUGGUGGUAGAUCCUGCUGACUUUUAUGCGCUGGAUGUUGUAUCUCUCUCUCGCUUAGACGGCCUUGGCGAGAAGAGCGCUGCAAAGCUGGUUAAGGCCAUUGAGGAGAGCAAGGGCAAAGCAUUGUGGGAGCUUAUAACAGCUUUAGGCAUACCAUCUGUUGGUGUCACAGCAGCCAAGUUACUUGAACAAUGGUUUGGAAGUAUGGAAAGACUUUUAGUAGCAUCAAGAGAGGAGCUUUUACUUGUGCCAGGUAUAGGCACAGUCUCUGCAUCUGCUAUUCAUGACUGGUGCACGGAUCCAUUUAAUGUUCAACUUGUGAGCAGCAUAAAAGAGGCCGGUUUUUCUCCCACCUUCAAUGACCCAGAAAUCGAGAAUCAUGCAGCAGGUAAUGCGUUAUCUGAUUCUGCCUCCCAGACGACCACUUCGAAGGUUCGGACUACAGACAGUGAAGAAUCAAAGGGAAAUGUCGAGACACCACGUUUGCAAGGGAAGAAUGUUGUGGUUACAGGGGAGUUUGAGGAAUACAGCCGUGAGCAAAUUGAACAACUUGUGGUGUUAAAUGGAGGACAAUUACGAAAAUCGGUUAAUUCGAAGACUAGUUUCAUAGUUGCUGGGCAAUCUCCAGGACCAAGUAAAAUGACUAAAGCGGCUCAAUUAGCAGUUCCAGUCUUGGAUAUUUCCAGUUUCCAGCAGUUGCUUGAAAAUGAUUCAAGGCCAGAUAAUAGCAUACAUUCGCCGGCUCCAGAAGUUAAGGUAGCUGUGUCAGGGUAGAGCCGAGAAGUUGAUCUUUAGAGCUACGUAAUUAAAAACUCAUUGCCCAGAUCCAAAUUCACCUCAUGAACAAUUGGGGAUGUGUGAGCAGUGUAACACUAAGUGAUUCUUUGAUCAAUAUCAAAUAUACUUUUUUUUCUGGGA